CCCGGACCCCCCCGCGGGAGCAGACGGCGGGCGUGAGGGCGAGGCGGCGGCCAGGGGAGCCGCGACCGCCGGGACAGUGUUUUCUGCUUUUUCUUCAAGUUUUCCAUCGUGAAUGAUGUCGAAUUGUAUAAGGCAUCUUAAUUGAAAUAUUACCAGUUGAAAACAUUGGAGAAAAUGACUGUGAUGUUGGAAGAUCAUUUCUUUUGGAAGGCUGGUUAACAUUGAUUUUCUAAGAGAAACUCAACCACCAUUUGCUCUGGCAUGGCGCAAAGCAGCCCACAGCUUGAUAUUCAGGUGCUUCAUGACCUCCGACAACGUUUCCCUGAAAUUCCAGAGGGUGUGGUGUCUCAGUGCAUGUUACAGAAUAAUAACAAUCUUGAAGCCUGUUGCCGAGCCCUUUCCCAGGAGAGUAGCAAAUACUUGUAUAUGGAAUAUCAUAGUCCAGAUGACAACCGAAUGAAUAGAAAUCGCCUUUUACAUAUUAACCUAGGUAUCCAUUCUCCUGGUAGCUACCACCCAGGAGAUGGAGCUCAACUUAAUGGUGGUCGAACACUGGUACAUAGCUCAAGUGAUGGACAUAUAGAUCCACAGCAUACAGCAGGUAAACAGCUAAUCUGUUUAGUUCAAGAACCACACUCAGCUCCAGCUGUUGUGGCUGCUACUCCCAGCUACAAUCCAUUUUUUAUGAAUGAACAGAACAGAAGUGCAGCUACUCCACCUUCACAGCCACCUCAACAACCAUCUUCCAUGCAAACAGGAAUGAAUCCAUCUGCUAUGCAAGGGCCUUCACCACCACCACCACCUCCAUCAUAUAUGCACAUACCUCGGUAUAGUACAAAUCCAAUUACUGUUACAGUAUCUCAGAAUCUCCCUUCUGGACAGACUGUACCAAGAGCUUUACAGAUUCUUCCACAAAUUCCAAGCAAUCUCUAUGGUUCUCCUGGUUCUAUUUAUAUUAGACAGACAUCUCAGAGUUCAUCAGGAAGACAAACUCCCCAAAGUACUCCAUGGCAGUCCUCACCACAGGGCCCAGUCCCUCAUUAUAGCCAACGUCCUUUGCCUGUUUAUCCACACCAACAAAACUAUCAACCUUCUCAGUAUUCUCCCAAACAGCAGCAAAUCCCUCAGUCAGCUUACCAUUCACCUCCUCCUUCUCAGUGUCCUUCACCCUUCAGCUCUCCACAGCAUCAAGUGCAACCUCCCCAGUUGGGCCACCCAAGCUCCCAUGUGUUUAUGCCACCUAGUCCUUCAACUACUCCACCCCAUCUAUAUCAACAAGGACCUCCUAGCUAUCAGAAGCAAGGAAGUCAUUCAGUGGCCUAUCUCCCAUACACAGCAUCUAGCUUACCCAAAGGUUCCAUGAAGAAGAUAGAAAUUACAGUUGAACCUUCUCAGAGACCUGGAGCAACAAUUACUAGGAGUCCAUCACCCAUCAGCAAUCAGCCGUCUCCACGGAAUCAGCACUCCUUGUAUACAGCCACCACACCACCUUCAAGUUCCCCUUCAAGAGGAAUAUCUAGUCAACCAAAACCUCCAUUUAGUGUUAAUCCUGUGUACAUUACAUAUACACAGCCAACUGGACCUUCGUGUGUUCCAUCACCAUCUCCUCGGGUGAUGCCAAACCCAACUACAGUUUUCAAAAUUACUGUAGGCCGAGCAACAACUGAAAAUCUUCUAAAUUUAGUGGACCAAGAAGAGCGAUCUGCAGCACCAGAACCUAUUCAGCCCAUUUCAGUGAUACCAGGAUCUGGGGGAGAAAAGGGAAGCCAUAAAUAUCAAAGAAGUUCUAGUUCUGGAUCAGAUGAUUAUGCCUAUACACAAGCCUUGCUGUUACAUCAGCGAGCAAGGAUGGAGAGGUUAGCAAAGCAACUGAAACUUGAAAAAGAGGAACUAGAGCGACUGAAGGCUGAAGUUAAUGGUAUGGAGCAUGACCUGAUGCAGAGACGACUCAGAAGGGUCAGUUGUACUACUGCCAUCCCCACGCCUGAGGAAAUGACAAGAUUGAGAAGCAUGAACAGACAACUCCAGAUAAAUGUUGACUGUACAUUGAAAGAAGUUGAUCUCCUUCAAUCUAGAGGAAACUUUGACCCAAAAGCCAUGAAUAAUUUUUAUGAUAACAUAGAACCUGGCCCAGUUGUACCACCAAAACCAUCUAAAAAAGACUCCUCAGACCCCUGUACCAUUGAGAGAAAAGCCCGAAGAAUUAGUGUGACUUCCAAAGUACAGGCAGAUGUCCAUGACACCCAGGCAGCAGUUGCAGAUGAGCUUCUAAGUGGCGCCAAACAAAGUCCUCGGACACAACCCCGAGAUGAAGACUAUGAAGGGGCUCCAUGGAAUUGUGACAGCUGCACCUUUCUCAACCACCCUGCACUGAAUCGCUGUGAGCAGUGCGAGAUGCCACGGUACACUUGAAUUCAGAAGAGUCUGCACCAGGUUGAGAGUGAUACUUUGAGCACCCACCAGAAGAAAAGGAAACCUUGGGAGUCUGUUCACCUGCCCAGCCUUUUCAUUUCCGAUUGCAUGCGGGGGGAGGAGGAGGAGGAAUGGCACUGGGAGUCAAUGUGCUCACAAAAGGAAAAAGAGGGAGGGUUUUUUUUGUUUUCUGUUCUUGUUUUUGGCUUUCUUAACUCAUUACAGAGUGAGAGAAAGAAGGGGAUACUUGAAACUGGGAAAGGAUUCACUCCUGAAAGAAUGUACACAGGGGAGUCAAGAGCUCUUCUGUUGAAUCCCAGUUGUUAAAGUUAUUGCUGAGUGGCCCGUACUUUUUAAAGUGGAACUUUGUAUUGUGGGAUGAAAUGUUACAGUUUAUGCAGACAAACUGUGAAUUCCAGAGCAGACUUAACAUGGUCACCGCUCUUUGGAAACCAAGGCUCCCUGUGCUUCUUCCCAGCUGCUUCCUAUAAAGAGAAGUACAGGAAAAAGCACCUAGAAUGUGGGUAUUUUAUCUUAUUUUUUUGGCAAAAUAAUGAGGGUUUUUUUGUAAUUGCUGCUUUUUUCAGGGGUAAUUUCAAACACACGUACAUACAUAAAUAAGAUGUUUUAAAAUGUGAUUUGUAGCAGUCAGGAAUUGGGCUUAUCAGGCACAUAGGGGGAAAGUACAAUCAGAGGGGGUAAGUUCCCUUGGCUUGUACAAUGGUUCACUGAGCUACAUCAACACUGGUAACUAAGACCUACUUAUGCCGCAUAAAAGGCAGAUUUUUAAGUUACUGUAUGCUUUUAUUAGGCCCUUAGUUUUAAAAAUAAACCCUUACAAACUAUGAUUUGAUAAGUGACAUUUUCAUAAAACUGUGCUCGACCAAUAGCACAGUGAAUGUAUGCCAAAUACCAGUCCAUUCCAAAAUUAGUUUGGAAAUCUUGAGCUCAGAUGUGGUUCUUAAGAAAUGUUUGCAGUCCAUAGGGCCCUUUUGUCCCUCCUUUCAAUUUUAUGAUGAAUUCAUGAUGUUUACAGCACAGAUAAUACUUUGUGCCAUAAUCCUAAUUUAGCUGAAAAAAGUCAACAUGAGCUGUUCAGUAAAGAUUUAUUUGCACAUGUUAAUAAGCCAACGUGAGGGAAAUUAGAGUUGGCCUGUAUCAUGUAGCACACUGCAUUAUUUGAGCAAGAGAAUGCUAUGAAAUUAAGAAAUCCUAUGGGGCUGGGAUUAUAGCCUAGUGUGUACAAGGCUCUAAGGUUGAUCCUAAGCACUGCAAUAUAUAUCAAGAAAAUAAUGAGUACAGAAUACUUUGAAACAAGCAACCUUUUAACCUUAACAUUACUACUUUAAGAAAUCACUGGAUUUGCUUAAUGGUAAAGGAUUAUUUCUUAAAGAAUUUUUGGACUGAACAAAUGAAUUAUGUGACUCAUCGGGAUGGAUCAAUGGAAAAAAUUGCUACUAGCACAUUUAAGUUCUCUGCCAUUGUUGAAUUUCCUUCUUGGCUCAAAAUGGGAUUAUGGAGUCCCCUCCAUUUUGUUGAGUAUAAAUAAAGAGCAAUAAAUUUGAUAGGUUUUCCCAUUCUGUAUAAUUUUAUGUAAUAUUCUAAACUUAGGAAUACCAGGUUUGCCCCCUUUUCUGGCUGUGUACACACACAUAUAUAAACAUGCACUCUUUGUGCAGUCAUUGUAUUCUAAUUUAGCAGUAAACCUUGACAGACCUGGAAAAACAAAAGCUGCACUUAAUAUAAGCAUAAUGAAACCAAAGGUAUAACUCAUCAUCAUAGCUUUCCAUCAAAAUCAUAACUUUUUACACUGAGUAUAGCUUUGAAAGCAUUUUUUUCAUGUGUGGAAAACUCCCCAAAAUAUAUACACUUGUUUCCCCAAGUAAACCUGGUUAGAUAAUUACACUGAUAAAACAUCUUUCAUACAACAACUGUGGAAAAACUGUGAAAAUUAUGGUGAGAAAGACAGAUUUAAGAGCAUCAGCCUGGAAAUGGUAUUCUUCAGAGGCUUUUAUAACACUGGUUUCUGUCCAUCACCAAUAACAGUCUAGCGGUCCUACUAUCCUGUAAGAUGCGUUUGUAUUGUUUCAUAUUGUGUUAGUGAUGGUCAGCCCUAUUUGGUGUCAUGAGACAACUUGGGGGAGAUUUUAUACACACACACACACACACACACACUCACUCAUACAUACAUGUACACUGCUCCGUAUUCUUGUGAAAAGGUUUACCAGUAUUCAUAGUGAUAUGCUGAAGUGGCAGCAGUUAUCUUGGCAGUUGUGAAUUGAAAAUGAAAGUAGCAUGUCUGAAAACAGUCUGAUGCUUUAUUAAAACCAUGUAGAUGACUUAAAACUAUUGCAUGACAAUACAUCAAGGUAAAUAAACUGUUAUCAUACAGUAGAUGCAUGGUUUCAAGCCCUUUGAUGACAUAUAUAGUCUACCAUUGCUUUCACCUGCCAGGAAAAAUGAGGAAAUAGUGGAUCUGCUAGGUGUGGAGGGUGGGGUAUGAGAAAUCAGAGAUUGACUUUAAGGAAGUUUUGUACACAUUACUUUUUAAUUGUGCACAGGUUUCAUAUGCCACUAUUGGCUGCAUUCAGUUUGUAAAAAUGAGUAAAAUAAUUUGACACUGAUAAAUUUGAUAUAUUUAACUGUGUCCCAUAUGCUUUUUGCAUAAGACCAGUUUGAUUAAGAAUUCACCCCAUUUUCAAGGUGCUUUUUCAGAAGGAUCUCUUGUCAGAUUGGUAUGCAUAAGCACUUGGCAUAUAAGUGGUGGAUAUAAAAUCGGGUGAUUCCUGGCUACAGAGUUGCCUCUGCUCUUGGAUCAGUUAGUAUACUCCUGUUCUUGUAAGAGGCUUGCUUUCUUAAAAACACUAGUUUGGAGUAUCUGGUAUUAUAUACAUUUUACAUCAUUUCACUGUUUUAUAAACUGGGUUUUUAGAAAACACAUUUGUCAUCGUGUUAAAAGAACAUUGCCCCUUAAAUUUGGGACUUCUUAAAAAGUGUAAAGUGGUAAUAGAGGAGCAGAAACUUAUAAGCAUUGUAUAUUGUUUUGAUAUUGACCUAGUUUGGGAGAAAGUAGAGGCAAGGGAUUUUAAAGAAAUGCAUUGUAAAAAUGUAGUUUUAGAGCAGAUUAAUGAUGGUGGGGGAAAAGUGUUGCUAAUUUGCUUAUUUCCCAGAACAAAUGGGAAGUAUAAGCAGUUUAAUUUUUAAGGAGCUGGUCUCAACUUUAGUACUUUUGAAUUAUGAAUGAAAUCGAUGUUUCUUUAAAUUUUGUCAGUUGCUUUAUCACAGUUACCUAGGGUUCAUAUCCAACUUUUGUCCCAACUCCAUAUUAUGUAGUCUUUUAAAAGGUAAUUGUAAUGUCUUUCUGACAGUAUAAACAGAAAGCAAGAAUAUAAGGCAUAGAAGAAUUGUCCUUUAAAAAUAUCAAUGAUGUAUCCUGGAAUGUGAAGCUGACCCUUUAUAGUUAUAAAUUGAAUUAUUUUAAUAUUGUACCACUGUUAGAUCUUGAGUGAGCCCAUGUUACAGUGUGUGUGUGUAUCUGUAGAAAGAAGAAAAUGACUAUUAAAAUGUUACUUUUAAAAAUCUGAAUUGGGCACCACUGCCUGUGUUGCACCACUACUGUAUCUUUUUGAAAGAAUUAACAGUAUUUUCCUAUUGUGAAAGUUAAUUCUGAUGUUUUCACAUUCACUAGACUGUUUUUCUGUAUUAUUUGCAUCCCCAAAUAUUUAAUACACAUAGAUUCUGCAUGGCUUGGGCAUUCAGAGAUUUAGAAUGAUGACUCAAUUUUAAUUUCUAAAGCCAUGAAAAGUUGCUUUGAGACUGAACAAUUCUGAAUUCUUAUUUAUAAAUAACAACACCCACUGUCCAUGUUUCUUUCCCUACUGUAAAGGAAUUGAUCAGUUUCUUCAUUAAAGCAGCAAAAACUUAUUAAAUCUUGUAAAUACCAUGUGUCUUUUAGAUUUCUGUGUAUGCUGUGAAUGAAGUUAUUUUGAAAUGAAAUUGUACAAAGGCAUUUUUAAAGGCUAUGCAUGCAUCGUACCUCCAAACAGUACAUAUUCAGAAAGUCAAAGAUUUCUGCAAAAUAAAUUAAUAAACUAAAGCA